CUUCGCUGGAAAAAAGUCCCACGUUUACUUGUAUUGAAAUGAAAGAACACAUUUCGAAAUCUUCAAAGAAACACCCAGAAUAUACCAGUUCACUGCCUACAGGUCUAGAAAAAGCAAAAGCCUUUCUGGCCAAUGAAUAUUUACACAAUAUCGAGACAAAUCAUGAUCAAAGGUAUUUCUACUACCGUGCUAAAUGUUUUCAUAGCUUCAAAACUCAUGAAGAACCACAUACUCUUCAAAUUGCACUUUGCAUUGUGUCUGGUGAAGUGAAAUAUGCAAACUGUGGGCCUACCUGUGCUGCAGGAAAAUCUGGAUUUUGUAAUCAUGCACUUGCAUUGAUGUUAAAAAUUUGCAAGUACAGUAUUUACAACUGCUCUGAUGUUCGCCAACUUAAUGACGAAGAAGAUGAAAAUCCAAAGGCAGCCUGUACUUCAUCCUUACAAAGUUGGCACAGAUCAAGAGGUGAUGGGAUAAGUGCGCAGCCGGUUAUGCAGGUUGUUGUCAGUAACCCUGCAAAGAAUGCCGAUAAAGAAAAGAAAACAGGAAUUGUUUGCUUAUUAGCAGAAGCUAGAAGACAAAAAAACAACUCAACWGAAAGGCUCAGAAACCUGAUUCAAGAUCUAAGCCUGCAUGAUGCAAAACUUGGACUGACACAAAUUGUGGAUGUUGAAMAUCUUGACAAUAUGCCAGUUAUAGAAACAAGGUUUGGACAGUCUUCUGUUGGGUCAUAUGGCUCAUAUCAGCUACAAAUUACUGAGUCAAACUUUACUGUGAUGAAUGGGUCGUUUUAUAUUCCUGAUGAUAUCAGCAGCGACCAGAAAGAAUUAUUAGACAAUCUUAAAAUGAAUGUGAUUGAAGCAAACCAGCUGGAGGCACAAACAAGAGAACAAGCUGAUUCUGAACUCUGGAUGAAAGAGAGAAAAUUCAGAUUCACAGCGUCAAACUUUGGUAGAAUUAAGAGAAGGCAAAGAAACCACGAGAAAUUUGUUGAAGACUUGCUUGAACAGAAGCAGUUUACUACAACAGCAACAAAGCAUGGCAAAGAUUAUGAAAUCAUUGCUCUUACAGACAAGAUGAACGUAACCCCUAYUGAAGCAAGCACAGAUCCAGCAUUUUUUAUGGAGAUUGUUGAUGGUAAGCCCAAACUCAAAAGACAGCACAAUUAUUAUGAUCAAGUUCAAGGGCAGAUGGCUAUCACUGGUGUACAUUGGUGUGAUUUUKUUUGCUACACAAAAAGAGGAAUGUCGAUUGAAAGGAUUUUUUAUGAUGAAAAUCACUGGGACAUUGUCUGUGACAAGCUUUGUGGCUACUAUUUGGAACAUUUUUUGCCCUGUGCAGUGAAAGAGAAGUGA